UUAUUUUAUCUUUCAGGGAAAUUGCAAUUAUUCACAAUGAAAGACAAGUUUUUAAAAUAUCAAUUAUUUCAUGUAACUGCUUGAAAAUACAAAUGCAUUUUUUGUGGCCUUCUUGAUCCCCGACCACAAUGGAUGCAGGCCUUUAGUUUCCCACUAAAAUAGCAAAUAAGGACAGGUCCAAAACAUGAUGAAAAAUGUGGUCCCUUUGUGUCCCAUGGUUUAGAAAAAUCAUAGAUCCACCUCUGCUAUAAAUCUAGGAUAUGAAUCACACUGGUGCUGUGGCACAGAUAACUGUUUCCCUGUAACAUCAUGAGAACGUUAUAGCAGCUGUAAUCCUUUCCACUUAAGGGCAGUGGGCGGCGCGCACACAACGCGCCCCUUAUUGCGAGACAUAUACAUGUGAGGGCGCGCGUCCCCCCAAAUCAUUCCAGUCAGCCCGGGAGGAACCCGCUCUUUAAACCCAGACCGAGCCAAGCUGGGCCGAACCGAGCCGAGCCGAGCCAAUCCGAGCGUUCAGAGGCAGCGGAGGAGCCAGGAUGAGCUGGUAGCGCAUCUUUUACGCACACCGCCCGACCGCUCCGCCGCACGCCUGCACCUCCGUCCCUUAUAAACGCAGCGACUGCCGCUCCGCGUUCAGUUCUCACGCCGACACCAUGGAGACGCCACUGGCCAGGAGCGAUGCGAUCGUUUCCCAGCUGCUGCUCUUCUGCCACAUCGUCGUGGCAGUGGAACCGCUGGUCCGAGGCCUGAAGAAACUCCCAGAAGACAUCGACUGGUCGUACUCAGGUACCCUGAACCAGCACAUCUGGGGUAAGAAGUACCCGUCCUGCAACAGCGGGCGGCAGUCUCCUGUGGACAUCGAUGAAACCUUCACCCAGGUCAGGCUGCAGUACCAGAACCUACAGCUCGAGGGCUGGGACCAACUGACGGCAGAGUCCAGCACCAUCCACAACAAUGGGAAGACUGUGGCCAUUGAUGUGGAGGGGGAGUUCUUUGUGAGCGGAGGAGGGUUGAACUCCAGGCUUCGUGUCAGUAGAAUCACGUUCCACUGGGGGCGCUGCAACACAACGUCGGAUGGGUCUGAACACAGCCUGAAUGGGAUGAAAUACCCCCUGGAGAUGCAAAUCUACUGUUACGAUCCGGAUGAGUUUCUAAGUCUGGAUGAUGCUAUAAGGGAAGGAGGGAGGGUCUCUGCCUUGGCUGUGCUCUUUGAGAUCAGCCUGGAAGACAAUGAGAACUUUAAUCCCGUGAUAGAUGCCAUCAACACUGUCAGCAGGUUUGGUAAGAGCGGCUCGUUGGAAGCCUUCACCCUGCGCUCCUUAAUGCCUAAUAACACCGAUAAAUAUUACAUCUACAACGGCUCCCUGACUGCUCCUCCCUGCUCUGAGAUGGUGGAAUGGAUUGUGUUUAAACAGACUGUGGCCAUAUCGGAAAAACAACUGGAGAUGUUUUGCGAGGUGAUGACCAUGGAGCAGGCCGGAUACGUGAUGCUGACCGAUUACCUGCAGAACAACUUCAGAGAGCAGCAGCAGCAGUUCAUGGGUCAGGUGUUCGCCUCGUACACCGGAGUGGAGGACGUUCUGACUCCCACCUGCAGUUUAGAGCCGGAGAAUGUUCAGGCCGAUGCUCAGAACGACACCACCAUCGUGGUGACGUGGGAGCGCCCCCGCGUGGUUUACGACACGACCAUCGACUGGUACACCGUCACGUACCAGAGGCUGCAGGGCCGAGACCAAACCAAGCUGGAGUACAGGACAGACGGAGACCAGGAUGUGGGCGCCAUCAUCUCAAGCCUGCUGGCCAACAGCAGCUAUGUGGUGCAGGUGGUGGCUGUUUGCACCAAUGGACUCAGAGGACGAUGGAGCGACCAGAUCAUCGUGGACAUGCCUUUAGAAGACCCCGAAGCUGAUUCAGACCCUGACACUGUCACUAAAGAUGUGGGAGUCAACAAGGAGGUCUCAUCUAAAACCAAGUGGGGGAAACCUGAGAACCAAAACCAGGUGGAUUUGCCCUUAGAGGACCACAGCCCUGUUGAGGAGGUCCCAGCAGAGCAGACCAGAGUUUACCAGAACCAUCCCACACGCCUCCAGGACCAGCCGACAGACCAGACCCAAGCAAAACAGAAUGCAGCGGUGCAGGUCCACCCCCGCCCAUCCCCCAAGACUCCCUCUGAAUCUGUGGUUCUGCAGAAAACUCGCCUCAACCAGAGUGUGAAAAAGAAAACGGAUCAAAACAGGUCCACACCAGAUGAUAUGGACCAGAACUGGAUCGAGGAGGACAGCAUGACUCCAACACAGCGGCCUUUCACUAAGGCAGGUUUUGACGGAAACGGUGCAAUCUGGAUAACCGAGGCAACGGAGCAGCCAGGCUUCCUGUUUCCAGUGGCUCGGACCACGAGGCUGCCGACGAUCCACCGACAAAUCACAGAAGAGGGUUCACUGUCAGAGCUCUCAAACCAGUCCAAGGAUCAGGCUCCACCAGAACAAACUGGCGAGAGUGAGCUCCCUUCUCUGCAGUCGGACCUUUACACCCCUCCUGUGGAGGAAAUCCAAGUCACAGAUGUCUUCUAUGAAGACACAGUCAACAACUUUCCCCUGGAAAGCUCUGCCUCCGCGGCAACAGAGUCCUCUGCUGUGGUGCCAGGUAUUAAAGUGGACGGAGUCUCCCCGGUGUUCUCCACUGAGGACAGCGACGCUCCCGUGAACAAACCACUCCUGGAAACCGUCACUCCUGCCUCCUCUUCCUCGCCGUCCUCCCUCUGGAUUACGGCAAGGACGGCAACCUCCAGCAACACCCUCGCCGACUCGGUCUACAAAUCACUCACCACCUCCUCUCUGCUCAGGGUGCUGAUGCACACCACCCAGCCCAUGUUCAACGAGGGCAGCAACAGCAGCCACGAGUCUCGGGUGGGGCUGGUCGGAGGCGUGGAGAGGGAGAAGAGGACAGUCGUUCCUCUCGCUGUCGUCUCCACUCUCACCAUCAUCUGUCUGAUGGUCCUGGUGGGCAUACUCAUCUACUGGAGAAACUGUUUCCAGGCAGCGAACUUCUACCCAGACGACAGCGCCUCACCUAAAGUCAUAUCUGCUCCCUCUACCCCCCUGCUGCUGGCUACAGACGGUCAUGAGCCACUCACGGUGAAGCAGUUUGUGAAGCAUGUCAUGGAGCUCCACACCAACAACACCUUCACCACGGAGUUUGAGGAGGUACAAGCCUGCACAGUGGACAUGGGCAUCACCACCGACAGCUCCAACCAUCCCGACAACAAAAGCAAGAACCGAUACAUCAACAUCCUGGCCUAUGACCACAGCAGAGUGAAGCUGGUCAACAGUUUAGACAAAGACGGGAAAUGUGGGGACUACAUCAACGCUAACUUUGUUGAUGGUUAUGAGCGAACCAGAGCGUACGUGGCAGCGCAGGGGCCCCUCCGAGCGGGCAGGGGAGACUUCUGGAGGAUGAUCUGGCAGCAGAAUAUCGGAGUGAUCGUCAUGAUCACCAACCUCAAGGAGAAAGGACGGACAAAAUGUGACCAGUACUGGCCAGACGAGAACCAGGAGGAGUAUGGUCCGUACCAGGUGACGAUGAAAAGCAGCAAGACCCUGGCGUACUACACCCUGCGGACCUUCACCGUCAGGGAUACCUCAAAUAAGGCGUCCCAGAGAGUCGAACACACAGUCAUGCACUACCACUACACCCAGUGGCCAGACAUGGGCGUCCCAGAAUACACUCUGCCUGUCCUGUCCUUCAUCAGAGCAUCGUCCCGGGCCCGCACCCAAGAGAUGGGCCCUGUACUGGUGCACUGCAGUGCCGGCGUAGGGAGAACAGGAACCUACAUUGUGAUAGACGGCAUGCUGCAGCAGAUCCAGGAUCAGGGGACAGUGAACGUUCUUGGUUUCCUGAAGCACGUGCGGACUCAGAGGAACUUCCUGGUUCAGACAGAGGAGCAGUAUGUAUUUAUCCAUGAUGCCCUGGUGGAGGCCAUCUUGAGCCGGGACACCUCAGUAACAUCAGACCUCCUCCACACCUACGUGUCUGACCUCCUGACCCCUGGGCUCUCAGGCAGGACGCGCAUGGACAAACAGUUCAAAUUGAUCAGUCAGCGUCAGGCGAAGCACGCAGACUACAGCACGGCCCUGAAAGACGGCAACGCUGAGAAGAACAGAGCCAGAGCUCUGAUGCCUGUGGAGAGAUCAAGAGUGUGUCUGACCGCCUGCGAAACAAACACCACCGGCUUCAUCAACGCCUCCUACGUCACGGGACAUCACCACAGUAAAGAGUUCAUAGUGAGCCAGACUCCUCUGAGCAGCACGGUGGCAGAUUUCUGGAGAAUGAUCUGGGAACACAACACACACACUGUUGUUCGCCUGCCGGACGCACACUGUCAGAGUGAAGAGGGGGGGGGCUGUGUCUACUGGCCCGGCAAAGACCAACCAAUGUGCUUUGAGGGUUUCAUUGUGUCGCAAUCGGGGGAGGAGCAUGUCUCUCUGUCCAAUGAUGAGAGACUCUUGAUGCAAGACUUCAUGUUGGAGUCCACAGUGAACAAUUAUGUGCUGGAGGUGCGAGAGUACAGCGCCCCCUGCUGGCCGAACCCAGACAGUCCCAUCAGGAACAGUUUUGAUCUGGUCAACGCGGUCAGGGAGCACAGCCGACACACCGACAGGCCCACCGUCAUACAUGAUCCGUUGGGAGGUGCUACAUCAGGGCUGUUCUGUGCUCUCAGCACCUUGUCCAGUCAGCUGGAGGAGGAGGGAGCUGUAGACGUCUACCAGGUGGCACGGAUGACCAAUCUCAUGAGGCCUGGGGUGUUCAAUGAUGUAGAGCAGUACCAGUAUCUGUACCAUGCGGUGCUGAGUCUGGUGAGCAGCCAAGAGGACCUGAGAGCCCUGCAGAGUCCAGAGACCAACGGAUCUGUACCACUGGGACAGACCAACAUCGCAGAGAGCCUGGAGUCACUCAUGUAGACACACACACACACACACACACACACACACACAGAAACACACACUCCAGUGAUGUGGUGACUGAGGUUCGGCUUGUGAUGAGAGAAUGAACAUUGUGGUUCACAGCUGGGUCCAUGCUGCUGCCUGACUGCACAGUGUGUUGCGUCAUUAUUAAAAAUAUAAAACCUAACGAUCCAGUUUAAUCCAGUAAAGCCUUAAGUCAUCUAAACCACUGCAGGUGUUAGACUGUGUAAACAAAAUCAUAGCAGGACCAGGAUCUCCAUAUAGUGACUUCAUUUAGUCUCUGUGAUCAGUCAACACGUCCAGCAGGUUGAGACAGAUCAUUACAGGUGACUGGUCUUUCCAUGGGCUGCUGUCAGACCCUGUUCACACCUGGUGCUAACAUCUGGUUCUAACAUCUGUCCUGAUCGAUCUCCUCUGAUGAAUAAACACAACUGUAAUUUGUGCUGUUUUUACCCCGUGUGAGUUUUCAGAUGUGUCUGAUAACAGCUGAGUGAGUGAGCAAGUGAGUGAGCGAGUGAGUGAAUUCAUGCAGCUGCGAAAACAAAUGUGACCAAAAAGAGUAUAAACCAUGAUGUGUUGACCAGUGUUGAUAUUGGUUUGUUGGCUACAAACAAAUCAACAUGUGAUCAUUGAGAAGAAUAAAUGUGAUAUAAGAUACAUUGGAUUGAUUGUGAAACUGUAGGGGGGGGUUCAGGGAUCGGAUCUGGACUCAUUGAGGACGCAUGUUAACACCAGGUCUGAACGGGGUCUCCAUGUUAGAAGGCUACAUUACAGAAUUUACCAGAGACACAUUUCUGGUGUUAACCGUGGUAUCGUCGUAGCAGCAACCUUCACACAGGGUAUAUAAGUUAACUAAUGGCGUUACAUAUGGUUAAUAGAUCCUGUUCUUAUGUUUUUAUAGAUCAGCACAUAAACAGUGUUCGGAUUAAAGCAGGCUGUGAAACCUCCACCUGAUUGGAGCAUUACAAACUUCUACAUUACAAAAAAAUAAAAGGGCUGCAGAUUAAAAGUUGAUGAUCUAAGCACAUGGAUUAUUAAAAAAUGUGAUGGUUUAUGAAACAAAGUGGAAACAAACCCAUGUUAAAAAGUGUGGAACCAAAAAAGCUUCACUGCCUUUCCAGCGGAAAACUGGGACUGUUCAGUGUGAAGCUUCGUGCAGCAGAGGUUCGGUACUUUCUGAGAAACGGCCAAAAGUCUGUUAAAAACAGGCGAAUAUAAAAGAAAAACAUAUUUUUGAAAUAUGAAAUUCUAAUUUCAUUAUUUCAUUGCAUAUUAUUGUUUUUUUAAUCACAGUAAAAACCCGUCUUUAAAAACUUUAAAUGUGAAUCUUUCUUUAAAUUUUUUUAAAUUGUAGUUUCUCAUUUAUUGUCUCUCCGCCGUUGUUACUUUUUAAGCUUUUCUUUUCGUCUUUCCUUUUAAAAAUUUUAAAUGAAUAUUAAUAAAAGUACAAAUCAGUCUAAAGAACCAUGUGAUUGAUGAUAAUAUUUCCUGCAAGACCUUUGAUUCCCUGCACAAUAAUUGGCAGAAUUUCUAAUAACGUUUUAAUCACCAAAACCUUGAAGGCCUCACUCGUGAUAGUGAAAUGAGCGCUGGUGUUUACUGCUGUUGAGUUCUCCUGCUUCUGUCUCGUUGCCACUGCCACAUGGUCUCUGGUGCCUUUUUUUAACUCAUGCUAUUGUACUGAAAAAAACUGUUUUGAUACAACUGUGGGAAUAACAUGCCAAAAUAAUAAGACUGAUGUGUGGUCUGUAUCUAUUUUCUUAAAGGGGAUGAGUGCCCCAGUGUUGUAGAGGUCGGAGGGGAGGUAUUAAAGUGAUAAUCCAUCAAACUCGGCUUGUAGCUGUGGUCGGUUGAAAUUGAAAUCUGGAUUCUGAUGUUGAGCAAAAAAACAUCACGACCUCUCAGCUGAGCGUUGUUGCAGAAUAAUCAACGGGGGGAAUCAGCCAGAGGAAAAAGACGACAUCAUUUAUCUUCUGUUGCUGCUGCAGACACUAGGAUUUCAGACAAUGAGCCGAGGGGGUGGGAAACUGAAAAGCUGUGACUCCCUCUGUGACCCCGUGCCACUCUUUAUGACUGUUUCAAGUUUUUGAGUAAAGUCUAAAUGUUUCCGUUGCGACCAACUGAAUCAAUCGCGCUCUGAGUCGCUGUUCCCACUGUUUGUGUGUAAAUAUCCCUGAACACAUUGAAAGUCCAAAUUACUGUAUGUUUAUAUUGUACCUCUAUAUAUUUUCUAUUUUACUAUAAAAGGUGAUUUUCUAGCCAUUUACACAAAUAUAUAUAUAUAUAUAUAUAUAAAUAACUGUGUGGUUUCUAUUUGAUAAUUUUAGCCUGGAAAUAUUGAUCAUGUUUAUAGUUUUAAUGGAAUGUUGUCUCUUUUUAUUCUCUUUAUGAUUACGUAGCAGCUUAAUGUCUAUACUUUAUCUCCAGAUAUAUACUGGUCCAGUUUGUAUAUAGCAACAGGCUGAAGCAGCAACAAUUAAAGAUUUGUUUCAAACU